CUUGAGCCUCUUCCCCCACCGUCCGUCUCCGCGGUGCGGCAGCGUCCUCCGACACCAUUCCCUUCGCCUUCACCUCGACUGUUAACGUCACGCUGGCAAUCCCGUGCCUCCCGUUGCGGCCACUCAAUUUCUUGCAAUUCUCAAACCAUUUGUGUUUUAUAAACUAGCAUUGUAGAUGCAUUUGCCCGUGUCUUCAUGACCAAUGGCAUUAUUCCAUCUGCAACAGCUUCUCACAGUACAUUUUCUAUUACAUAAUCAGAGUAGAGAUUUUGCAGUACCAAGGAGGAAUGCAAUAGCAUGGUUCUUGUCAAGUUAUAUGUUAUCAAGGAUUGACAUGCACAACAUUGCAUUCGCUCAACAGUCUGCUGGAUUCAGGGAAUACAUAGAUACUUUUGAUGGAUAUUCAUUCAAAUACCCUCAGAACUGGAUUCAAGUCCGAGGUGCUGGUGCAGACAUAUUCUUCAGGGACCCUUUUGUUCUUGAUGAAAAUCUUUCUGUUGAGUUAUCAUCUCCUUCAUCUUCUAGGUACAAGAAUGUAGAAGAUUUGGGCACACCAGAAGAAGCUGCAGAGAAAGUACUUAGGCAGUAUUUGACAGAGUUCAUGUCUACUAGACUUGGUGUCAGGCGUGAAUCAAAUAUUCUUUCUACAUCUUCAAGAAUAGCUGAUGAUGGAAGGAUGUACUAUAAAGUUGAGGUCAAUAUAAAGUCAUAUGCAAACAACAAUGAGUUAGCUGUCAUGCCACAGGACCGAGUAGCUCGAUUGGAGUGGGAUAGGCGUUACCUUUCUGUUCUUGGUGUUGAAAACAAGCGGCUGUAUGAAUUGAGAUUACAAACACCUGAAAAUGUGUUCACUGAGGAGGAAAAUGAUCUUCGUGAAGUUAUGGAUUCCUUCAGAGUAAAUAAGGUUGCCGGUUGAUCCAGGGCAUAAAGUUGAAGCAUUUCGAGGAAUUUUUUAUGAUAAGAUUUUUGUUUGUGGCUCCGUUAUCCUACUUGGAGUUGUUGCUCUUUUAGCAGCAACAUAAGUUUUUUGUGGCUCUCUCUCUCUCUAGUCCACAAGUUUGCCCAUCUGAAAGAGUGAAGUCUGGAUCAUUUAUUUUUGUUGUCA